AUGUUUGGUUUCGCGCCUACGCUUAGACGCGCCGCCAUGUCCUCCGCAAGCAAGCCGCAGCUCCUGGAGGGAGUCUUGGCCAUCCACAAGCCCUUGGGAAUCUCCUCAGCCCAGGUCAUCCGCGAUGUUGAGAACCACUUCAAUCCGUCUGAGCUCUUCCAGCCCAAUCUCGAGGCCGAACGCCGCGCCGUCGUGCUGGAGAAACGUAAGAAGGGCGACCAGUACCGCAAAAAGAAGGGCCCGAACCGCACGCAGCGCGUCAAGAUGGGUCACGGUGGCACCCUUGACCCGCUAGCCACCGGCAUACUCAUCCUCGGCCUCGGCAGCGGCACCAAGGCGCUCGGAAAAUACCUCAACGGCUGCCAGAAGACAUACGAGACCACCGUUCUGUUCGGCUGCGCGACUGACACGUUCGACAACACGGGCAAGGUCAUAGGCCGCGCGCCGUAUGCACAUGUCACGAGGGAUAUGGUGGAGAAGGCGCUAGAAAAGUUCAAGGGCAACAUCAUGCAGACGCCGCCGGUGUACUCCGCGAUUAAGUUCGACGGUAAGAAGGCGUACGAGAUCAUGCGCGAGGGUGGAACGCCACCCAAGAUGAAAGAGAGACCUGUCACGGUGUACAACCUUGAGUUGGUUGAUUGGUUUGAGCCGGGCACUCACAACUGGAGAUAUCCUCAGGAAGAGAUGGACGCCACAGCAGAGGAGAAAGAGACUAUUCUCAAGGCGUCCCUGUCGAGUGAGAAAAGGGAAGACUCGGCAGCUGCGGGAGAAAAGAGGAAGCGGGAGGAGGGCGAUUCGACCGAAGAGAUCCCCGAGAAGAAGAUAAAAGCAGAGUCCGGAGCAGAGCCCGCAGAGACCACUGCCACCGAGCCCAACGAAGCACCCACAAAGACGGUCGCCGAAGAAUCGACCACUACCCCUGCUGAAAACGGCGCUAAUGCUGCUGCCGCUCUGAUUCGCAUGACCGUCUCCUCUGGCUUCUACGUUCGCACACUCUGCCACGAUCUCGGCGCCGCCGUCAACAGCUUGGCUUGUAUGACAUACCUCGUCCGCACGCAGCAAGGAGAAUUCGAGCUUGGAAAGAAUGUACUCGAGUACGAUGAUCUACAGGCCGGUGAGCCGGUUUGGGGCCCAAAGGUCAAGACUUUGCUUCAAGACUGGAUGGUGAGGCAGCAAAGCGAGAAUCAAGAGCAGGAGAAGCCGAAGGCAAGGUCGAAGUCUCCCGAGAAGAGGGAGAAGUCGAAGUCCCCGCCAAAGACAGCGACGGUAGAGGAUGAAGACCCAGAGAUGGACUGA